GGCUGGAGCGGGGGAGGAUAUGUGUGUGUGCAUCCAGUAGCUCUGUCCUGCCUGGCAGCUCCUGACUGUAUAUUUUAUCUGUGCUCCCUUCUGAAAUAACUGCAGUUCAUCUCUGCAUUGCCCCCCCUGCAAGCACCAGCUCAGCUCCAGAGGAAAAGUUCUUUCUCUCUCUGCCUUUCUCAGCUCAGCACACACACGCCUGGUCCUCCACUGCUCUGCAAGUCUCCUCCCAGCAUCCUGAAGAGGUGACACUAUGGCCGAUGCCUUCCUGCUGCUGCUCUGUGUGUUUGUCCCCCUGGCCUUCCCCCAUGCAUUUGUCUCUGGAGACAGCACAGAUGACCUCAAGGCUCUCAAGGUCUCCAUCAGCCAACACCCACCCGUGCAGGCUGUGCUAGCUGGCAACAUCCUGAUCCCCUGCAGCAUCAUGUACCUGCGCCCCUUGCCCACCUCCAGCACGGCAGGGCGCCGGGCAGUGCUGGGGGCCCCCCGCGUCAAAUGGACCUUCAUCUCCGACGGGAGAGAGGUGGAGAUCUUGGUCGCCCGAGGCAAUAGGGUGAAGGUGAACGAGGACUAUCGCUUCCGCGCCUCCCUGCCCACCUUCCAGCACCAGCGCACCAAUGCCUCUCUGCUGCUCCGGGAGCUGCGGCCCAGCGACUCGGGGAUCUACCGCUGCGACGUGCAGCACGGCAUCGAUGAUGGGCAUGACCUGCUGGAGGUGAAGGUCAAAGGGGUUGUCUUCCACUACCGCGAGGGCUCCCAGCGCUACGCCUACACCUUUGCCGAAGCCCAGGAGGCCUGUGCCAGGGUCGGGGCCCGCAUUGCCACACCCGAGCAGCUCUAUGCCGCCUACCUGGGGGGCUAUGAGCAGUGUGACGCCGGCUGGAUCGCGGACCAGACCGUCAGGUACCCCAUCCACACCCCGCGGGAGGCCUGUUAUGGAGACAUGAAUGGCUUCCCUGGGGUCCGCAACUACGGGGUGGUGGACCCCGAAGACACGUACGAUGUGUAUUGUUACGCCGAAGAGCUCCACGGAGAAAUCUUUUUGGAGACGGCCCCAGACAAAUUCACGUGGCAAGAGGCCGAGGCUCACUGUCAGGCGCUGGGAGCAGAGAUAGCAACCACGGGUCAGCUGUAUGCGGCCUGGACCCAGGGGCUAGACCACUGCAGCCCCGGCUGGCUGGCCGAUGGCAGCGUCCGCUACCCCAUCAUCACCCCACGGGAGCGGUGCGGAGGGAGCGUGCCGGGAGUCAAAACCAUCUUCCUCUUCCGGAAUCAGACGGGAUUCCCCGAUGCCCAGAGCAGAUACGAUGUGUUCUGCUUUAGAGAAGAGCCCAGCUCUUUCACUGAGGUUCCCGAAAAUCACCAAGCCAGUGAGCCCAGGGGCCUCCAGGACAUUGUCACAGUGACAGAGAGGAUGGAGGAGCUGCAGCUGCCCCAAGCAGAAGUGGACAAUGAGUCAAGAGGGGCCAUAUACUCCGUCCCCUUUUUUCAGGAUGCUGAGCGGGAAAAGCCAAGCAGUGCCCCCGAAGAGGCGAGCGUGCCCGUGCCCCGGCAUGCCCCACUAGAUAACUCCGUGUCCUCAGAUCUAGGACUCCAUCUGCCACCAGCCACACCUUCCCCUGAGACCCCCUUCACCUCCAAGGCAGAGCUGGGGGGCCCAAUAAGCUGUGGUGCCCAGCCAGGGAGCUCUGCCUGGCCAGGGGAAAAGGGGAGAGGUGGAAAUUGCACAGAGGCCAGUCAAGAGAGACCCAGGACUGGGGAGGAGCACGGCGCAGACCAGGGGCACCCGGGCUCCUUGUCAGAAGGGGAGACAGCCCGUGCCUCCAAAGAUGAUGGGACUCUGGCGCUGGACGGUGGCCUGCAGAACCCCGUCCGCCCCACCGAGGCCCCCACGGCCGGCUCGGUCACGACUGCACCCACGCUCAGCCCAGCUGCUGUCUCCCCAUCCCUGAGGGAUGAGAGCCAACGCAGCGGGUUACCUGGCCCUGCCCUGGCAUCUCCGGCGACCUCCCAGGAGCAUGGAGAGGAGGCUGCAGCAGAAGGCAGUUCCUUGGAUAUCACCCAUGUGCCAGAAGUGAGCGGCGAGGCGGACUUCUUCCCUGGCUCCAAGCACGGAGAAGGGGACUCUCUUCCAGAGGAUCACCCAACCCCUGCCUCAGAGGGGGCUGUGGGGGGAAAGUGGGAUGUCUCGGAGCGGCUGGCUCCAAACACCAGUGCCGGGAGCGGCCAGGACUUGCUGGGCCUGGCGAACUCGACCAUCGCUGCUUCCACGCUGCUGUGGAAGGCCAGUGAACCAGGGCAGGAGGAGCCUGCCUGGACCCAUGCCACCCCCCAACAAGGCUUGGUCUCGGGGCUGACCAGCACGCACUUCCCCAGCCUGGGCGGCCCCCCGGGCGCUCCCGAAGAGACCGAGCUCUCUGGAGAUGCCUCCGCGGGCACCACAGUGAGCCCGGCCACCUUGCAGUCCGUGUCCCCCAGCCUGCGGGAGCCGGGCAAGGAGCAGCGGGGCACUGUGGGGGCUCCAUCGCCCGGGUCCCAGCCAGGUACCGCUGAGCCCAAGGUGACCACGGUCCCCGCUGGACACUUGGGGGCUGACCAAGGGCCACCCAGUAAGGAGCUGUCGGGGGAGAGUGACACGCAGGCAGUGGCCCGGGAGACUGUGGCAGUGCAGCCUCCAUCUGCAGCAUCUCCUUCUGCUACCCCAGGUGGAGAAACCAAGGGGGACGGACCCCCCACCAGCCCCGAGCACGGCCUGGUGCCUGAAGCAGCGUCCGGCUCCAUGCUGGAGGGGAUGCCCUUCACCGAUGCCCCUUUGACCACAGCCCAUCCCUUGCCCGUCCUCCCCACCGAGCGUGCCAGCCUGGGCGUGGGGGUGAACAUCUCAGAGGACUGCAUCCCAAACCCCUGCCUGAAUGGUGGGACCUGCAGUGAGGAGGAGGUGGGCAUCAGUUGUGUCUGCCUGCCAGGCUAUGGGGGACACACCUGUGAGACAGACCUGCAGAAGUGUGGCCCAGGCUGGGACAGCUUCCAGGGCUCCUGCUACAAGCACUUCUCCACCCGCCGGAGCUGGGAGGACGCAGAGAUGCAGUGCAGACACUAUGGCGGCCACCUGGCUAACAUCCUGACUCCCGAGGAGCAGAACUUCAUCAACAAUCAGUACAGGGAGUAUCAGUGGAUCGGGCUGAACGAUCGAACAAUUGAGGGCGAUUUCCAGUGGUCAGAUGGGAGUCCCUUGCUCUAUGAGAAUUGGCAUCCUGGGCAGCCUGACAGCUACUUCCUAUCUGGAGAGAACUGCGUGGUCAUCGUGUGGCAUGAUGGGGGGCAAUGGAGUGACGUGCCUUGCAACUACCACCUGUCCUACACAUGCAAAAUGGGGCUAGUGUCUUGCAGCUCCCCACCAGAGGUGACCAAUGCCCGUAUGUUCGGCAAACCAAAGCAACGCUACGAGAUCAGCUCCAUUGUGCGGUACCGGUGCCUGGAGGGCUUCACCCAGCGCCACUCACCCAUUAUCCGGUGCCAGGAGGAGGGGAUGUGGGAGCAUCCCCAGCUUGCUUGCCUGCCGAGUGCGACUCAAACCCCUGAGGACUGAGCCUGGAUGCAGGAGGGAAGACCUCACUUCCCGGGGCAUUGUCACUGGGGCUGGUUGCAAACCACACGGGGAAAGCUUCAGCCCCGCAGCCUGGGCACCAGCCCACACCACCACGAUGCCUUCCACCCCCUGUGCGUUUGGUGGAUAUCUGUAUAAAGAAAAAAGUCUAGUAACUAAAGAUUCCCUUUUAAAAAAAAA